AUGUACAGAGUAUUUGUUUUAAUUGGUUUUUUGCUGUUUUAUGUGAUAAACUCCGAUGGGGCCCACAUCAGAAAUGCACCAUCCCAAUCGCCGCCGGCUAAAUCUCAUGCCCACGUUUCUUCUCCGGUCUCUACUCCGGCGGAUUCUCAUGUAUCGCCUUAUAAGUCUCCGCUCACUCCAGAAAUUUCUCCGGCAAUUACGGCACCUCCUAAAACUAGUCCGUUUGCUUCGCCGAUACAGUCUCCGACGAGAACUCCACCGCCGACAUCCAAUUCGCCUGCUCCGGUACCAUCUGCAACGACUUCUGAAACGCCGGUGAACACUCCGGCAUUAUCUCCUGCGACAACUCCGCCGAUGACAGUCAUCUCGCCGGCAGUCAUUCCGGUGAACGCUCCUGCAUCAGUAUCACUGCCGGAGCCUCCUAAAAGGAAACCGUCCGCUUCACCGUCAUCCUCCCCGGCGACGACAGUCAUUUCGCCGGCAGUCACUCCGGUGAACACUCCUGCAUCAUUACCAGUGCCGGAGCCUCCAAAAUGGAGACCGUCCGCUCCGCCAGCCUACUCUCCGGCAACGACACUCAUUUCGCCGGCAGUCACUCCAUCAUACACUUGGACUGCUCCGAUUCCGUCUGCCGUUACUCCUCCGCCAGCAAUUGAAACUCCGGUGAACACUCCUCCGGCAGCUUCACCAGAAACAGCGCAAAUUCCGGCAAAUUCUUCUAUAACUCCAUCAGAGGCACCGGAGACGUUUUCUUCAGAUAGUAGCCCGCCGAUUCCGGCACCGGGUAAUAUUUCGCCGGAGAGCUCACGGGAACCAGUGGCUAAUAUUUUUGCUGCAACUUCAAAAUUCGAGGUGCCAAUUUUUGUUACCGGGCUUGCUAUAUGGACUGUAAUGGUAAUUUGA